CUGGUGAGAAGAUGAAAGUCGCGAAUUUGGCAACGCAGACCAGACACCAGCUGCACAUAUCGAUGCGCCUGUCGCGAGUCCACAGCUGCUUCUAGAGGAUCCUGCUCUUGCGCUCACUCUCUAUAUCUCACUCUGUCUUGUGUCGCAUGAAGGUUUCCUAGACUCCAGCCAUCCGACCCUAGCACAUCGAUGAAGCUCCAAUACCAACCACGCAUUGAUAGAUUACAUCUACUCUCCGACAGCCUGCAGGGCAAAGAUCUCUGGCAAGGCAAUAUCCUCUUCACUCGCAGCGAUUUUCUUGCAUCUUUGCAGCCGCCAGACGUCGACAUCAACCGCAAAGCGCAGCUCUAUCAUGUUUGCGGCGCAAGUCUAGGCGCCCUCCUGGAGAAGCGCAAUUGCCAUGGCAUCGACUUUGUCCGUGCCGCCAAUAUCCUGUUUGCGGAACUCGAUCACUACGCUUCACGAGAACCAGCGGCAUCUGCAAUUCACCCAUCACGACUCGUCAGGAAGGAGAAGGGCCGCAAGCAAGUCUUGUCGCGUUUGGCGGCAGACUACACUGCGCUCCAUCUAUCGCAUGUACCUUUCAUUCCAAGCUAUCUGGAUGCGGCCGUCAUGCUGCUAGAACUCCUGGAGGAAGUUCAUUUACGGGUGAUGCAUGAGUUCGAACGCCUGAGAGGCUUUGCGGUAGAGACUGGCGUCAAUCCGGCUAUCUACGACGAUAGCCCACAAGUCAAGGAGCCACUCGAGAAGUUUGACUACAAGGUGCGCAAGCUCGUGAUCAGUCUGCAGCGCGAUGUCGAGGCGUUUGCUAGAGCCAAAGUGUAUCGCGAGCUGGAUGUCAUCAUGGAUUCGCUGGCGGUCUUUGACUGAGUGCUCCUCCUUCUUGGCUGUACUCUUGAUGUACUUGUACUAUUAAUCUACUUAAUCAAGCUCAGACCCUUAGCAACAACUUGCCUACAAAAUGUCCUCU